UUGAGCACGUCACAGUUGUCCAUGGGUACUGCUGAUAUUUGUGGCAGGAAAAAUGCUGUCAUUUGAUGAACUUCUGGCAAGUCUACAAAACUGUGUCAUCGCCGAUGAACAAACCUAUCAAGAUGACAAUCAAACAUUCGAGCUGUUUUUCGAUAAACUUUCGGAGUCCUCCAGGAGCGGUGUAAAAAGAAUCAAGGAGCGCACGUUGGAGGAGGCUGCCCACCUCCUAAGAAAAGUGAGGCUUGAUGUCCUCGACCGUGGUCAUCUCCAGCUUCUCGUCAGACUUCUUAUAUCCUUGCAGCUGCAGAUGGUCCACAUCUCCACAGCCUGCAGAAAAGUGGACCAGAUGUUACAGCACCUAGCAAAGGUGGACCAUCAGCUAGUGUUUGAAGAGAUACAAGCUCGUUUGAGCACCAUAGUCGUCUCUCAGCAGACACUCACGCUUGAAGACCUUCGGAGAGCUUGUAUGUUUCUGGAGGACAGCGUUGUCGGCCGAGAUGUGUGGCAAGAGUUCUGCCCUUCUUUUGUGAACAAAGUGUCAGAGUUAUUCACUUGUAUACUGAAACGAGAAUCUCUUCGAGAUGGGGCGCUGUGUUACGUUGCUGUGAAGGUUUGCCUCCAAAUAUUUCAGCUAUUGCCUAGAGAGGUGGCUCCAGCAGUAUGGGACAAGGACAAGAGGAACCCAGCAGUUCAGAAGAUCCUCCAGGCUCUUACAGAUAUAAUCCUCGGACAGAGCAGCAACAGGGACACUCGUCUUUUGGCGGGGACUGCUAUGGCCAUGCUCAUCAACACGGCGUCAGACAGCAAUUCUGUUGGAGCCGCGGCCUGGAGUGUCUUGCAGGGCUUUCAUGAAGAGCCGUGGCUGCUCACAGUGGGUGCCCUUCAAGUGCAGGGCCAUCCCACUGAGGCGGACGGAGUGGGUCGGCUGGCAAUGAGCAGGGGCCUCCUGACCUGCUGUCAAUCUCACAUUUUACUCAGUUCAUGUGAGGAGGGAACCGAGGGCUGUCUAUUACUUGAUGCUUUGCUUCCUCUGCUUUAUGCGCUGUGUGAGGAGAAGUUGGAUUGUCAUUACCUUGCUUUUGAGGUGUUCACACUAUGGCUGAAGAAAGUCAGAGAAUGUGUGGAGGAUAUCUGGAAGAUGACAGGUGGCCGUCUCUUGCCUGACUGCAGCAGCCUGCAGCAACAGCUCAUUUCUAUUAUCUGGACCAAUGCUGAAAGCCCAGUGGAAGGUGUGUCAGACUGUGCCCGUGUUGCCUUUAGCCUCCUGUUGGACGUCUAUGAGGUGGACUGUGAGGAGUUUGGAGACACCGAAAAGCCUCUUUACCAGACUUUGCUGCAACGAAUUAUCCAACUCCCAUGGGAAUCCAGAGCCAAAUACCAUCGCCUCAGUGCUCUACUACCAUAUCUGGGGACCGACAAGGUGCUGGAUCAGUAUGCUGAAUUACCAGAUCAUCUUCUGAAGUGUAUGUCGAAUGAUCAUCUGUCUCCAAGUGCGUCAGAACUUUACAAGUGUCUGAUCCAACACCAGAGGAAAGAGCUUUGUGGUGACUCUUCAAAGUCAGAGUCAGAUCUGGCCAAUCAUUGGGCAAAACGUUGGCUUUCUGUCCUUCUUGAAGCAUUGACGUCACAUGUAGUUCUUCUUCAGAGCAAUAGCUCCACACACUUACUGCCAUCCACCCUCCAAGUCUUUCCUUCUGCUGUGGAGCCGCUCCUGGCCUCCUUAGACCCAUUCUCCCCAGGUCAUCUCUGUGCCUGGGCCUUCAUCAUGAGCAGCUACCGGGCCACGACUGGAGGCUCCCCCUGGGCCCUGCAGGGGAACUCCACCUUGAAAACCCUCCAACUAGCUCUGGGGUCUGCAGAUGACAAAAUUCGACUUGCUGCACUCAAUCUCCUGUGCUGUAGCCCCAAGACCAAAGAGACUCCAACAGUAGAAGAACUGACAAUCAUGAGGACCUUCAUUCCACAGAAUCUCAAUUCUGAGUCUUCACUUUUUCGACAACAUUUUCAAGCAGCAGUGAGGAGAUUUUUGGUUCGGAUUAGAGAUGGCUGCUUGGCUCAGGUCAAACAACAAAAGGGCAAGGAGCACACCAGCCAGAUGGGAAGCUCACAGGAAAUUCUUGGCCACGGAAUAGGUUUUGUGGACUGGUUGUGUCAGCUUGCAUGCUGCAAUCUGACACCUGGACACAGCUACCAGAGGAAGAAGACCGUCUUACUGUUGAUGUCUGCGUUGUUUGAAACCUGCACAGACACAUGGAGCCCUAACAAGAAGAAGGGACAACCACCGGGUCAGUUGAACAUGGGGUGUCUCAUUCGUUGUGCCAGGUUAAGAGGACUGUGGGACUUCUUCUCCAGGGAAAAAUUGCUGGUUGUCAUCAGCUGUUUGGAAGAUUCCACAAACGAGAUUCGAGAGCUUUCAGCUGGGUUAUUGGUGAGGUUUUUUCCGCCCGCUCUGCCUGACGAUAUUGCUGCUGCUCUGUUUGCUCGGACGAAGAAGCUUUUGUGCAGUCCUCGGGUCCAGCAGGCCCAAAUGGGGGCAUUAAUGAUGAGGGUCCUCCAUCACAAAUGGCAAGGCCUCCCUGAACACUGCAAAUUAAACAGUGACAUCAGUAUCAGUGGUGGCCAUAAUAUACAGACUUCCAGUUUUAUUAGAUUUCUUAUGAAGGAGCUUGAGGACCACUACCUCGCAGCCAAGGCUGACCUGAUGCUCGCAGCCAGAACCAAGCCUAUACACGGUGUGCUUAGCACCCUUCAGAGAUGCUUGUUGGAGGCCACCUGCAGCAUCUAUGAUUCACUUGGUCCUGAACUGGCCACUGAGGUGCUGAGCUUGCUAGAGAAAAUCUCACUGCUCCUGCUGGGUGUGCUACAUGGACAGCAGCAUACUGAAAGUGAUGCUCCCCCAUCAUUUUGUGAAAUGGGGAACGCCAUUAGCGCUCUGAUAGCACACUCAUCUGAAGGGAACCAAGGAGACGAGUGUGUCUUGUUGUCGGAAGAACACAGCCUUGUCCUCACCUGCUACUGGGUCUCACUCAAAGAAAUAGGGAUCCUUUUAGGUUCUUUGGUGGAGAGAAUUCUCUCAGAAUCUAAGCCUGGAACGUGUUUUCUAACAAAACAACAACUAGGAAAAGCAUCAGAUAUUUUCAAAAAUAUUCUCCUCAAAUGCCGUCACUGGGGGGCAGUAGAGGGUUGCUGUGUGGGCUUCACCAGGUUCUGUUCCUCUCUACUUGGUAGCAGUGAUCCUGAGCUCAGGAAUAUACCAGCUCACAUGCUCCAACAAGGAUUACAAGUCAUGCAGUCUCCUAGUUCAGCCUCUGUAACUCGACGAGCUGCAGGGCUGCCUAUGCUCAUCUUGUGUGUCUUGUCUGCAGAGGAGGCUAGUAAAACACGGCCACUCUUAGCACACAGUGUAAAAACCUUACUAGAUACAGCCAGAACUCCCCUUCCCGAGAACUGGGACCAGACGCUCGACAUCCCACAGGUGUGUGCGGUUCACACGCUACAGGCUCUAGUACGUGGAUCUGGCCUGGGUUUUGCCAUCCUCCGGUUUGCCCCCACUGUAGCCACUUUGUCUCUCACGCUGCUCAGUUCUCCCUGCUGGGCCAUGAGGAAUGCAGCCCUGCAGCUUUACAGUUCUCUUUGCUCACGGAUGCUUGGUCAGAGACCCAGCAGUGAGGAGGGCGGAACUAAACACUGCAUGUCCUCCUACGCCUUCUUCCACCACUACUCCACACUCCAGCCCUUCCUCCUUGAGGAGCUCAGAGUGGCAGCUCGUGACCUAGAAUGUCGUCCUGAGGAUGCCAGGCUCCACCUCCAGCCAUCGCUCUAUCCAAUCCUUACUCUUUUAUCCCAACUCCAGCCUGGAGUCCAGGAUUCAGCAGAAGGAUUGGCAGACUUCCUGCCUCCUAUACUGCAGCUAUCUGCCAGUCCCAUUUACAGUGUGAGAGUGAUGGCCUCAAAGGCACUGGUCGCCAUGACUCCCCCCUCAGACUACGUGAACAUCCUCAUCAAGCUGACAGCCCAGUUGCCCCACACACCAGAGCACUGCUGUCACAACCUGCUCCACGGACAGCUGCUGAACAUUAAAGCUCUCCUGGACAGAGCUCUCAGCACAGACUGUGCAUCUCCAGCAGAGCUCCAUGCAACGGUGAGCGCUAUUGAGGCAUCAGUGUGGCUUGCAACUGGAGCCCAGCGCUGUCCCUUGGUGAGAGCGGCAUACGUCACGGUGGUGGAGUUGCUGAGAAGAUGCUGCUGUGAGACUUUUCUGUCAAAGCUCUUUGACAUUCUCGUUGGUGAACUUCGAGCACCCCAACAAGGACUUCAGGUUGGGUUGUCUUCCUUCCAUCAAAAAGCCAUCCAUUUUCUAUGUACAGACCACGAGUGGGCGUGUGACAUCUGGGAAACUUUUACAGCGGUGAGCUGUGAUCUAAAGCUGGCAUUGGUCACGUGGGUGGUGGAGAGCCAGACUUCACUGAUAACCCACUUGAAAGAUUUGAUACGGAGUGUGUUGCAAUCCAGUCUGAGGGAAGCCUUGUUGAGCCCCGUAGUGGAGUACCGCAGGACCCACCUUGCAGCAUUGGUAGCAGUGAUAACCAGAGGGGAUUCUCUCCCUCCACCAGCCUUUCUUGAGGAGCCAGUUAUCUUGGAGUGUCUGGAUUUGUUGUUGAAGGACCUGGAAGAUCAGAGAGACGGUUCUGAGUUCUUGUCCCAGGCUCUGCAUGGUGCAAGUCUCCUUCUUUCCCAGAGUUCUAGGGAUUCAGUGAUCGAACGCUGGUGUAAUAUCUUGGAGUCUCAUCGGUCCCCCGAUUCUCUUGAGGUUCUGAGGGUAGCUUGUGCUGAAGCUCUCUGUGUAGCUGGCCUUCCUCUAAUGAGCCAAAACCGUGUUCCCCCAACCAUCACCAUCAGGUUGCUGAGCACUGGCCUGUACUUCCUGCAGGACCAAAGCCAGCUGGUGAGGACAAAAGCAGCCACCUUCAUCUCCUUACUGCAUCAUACCAAAGGAGGGGGCCAGAGGAGUGUCUACCUAACCCAGGUCAACCUGACUGUGCCGCUCCUGCUGGACAUGCUACUGGAGGAAUGCUGGAAAACUCCAGGAGUAUUAGAGGUGCUACUGUGUCACGUGCCUCAUUCUGACCUGAGAUCAGUGCUGAGAGAGGCUGCUCCAGACAUUGGGUGUGGCAGCCUCUAUGAGCAAGAUGAUGCUAAUGUGUUUGCAGAGCCUUCAGUAAUCUCUGCACAUGUGAUGCCCUACCUCCUACAUUUGGUGGAAAAACACUCCGAAUCGUUGGUGUUGGCGCAGAGCCUGAGCACAUGGGCACAGGAGAACACUGCUCAACUGCUAGGCAACCUUGCACUGUGCAAAGACCUCCAGCCAGCUGAGAGGCUGACUCUCCUCAUGGACCCCCAGUUCCACAGCACCCUGUACGGCCUGUUAACCAGAACCGUCUUCCUCCUCCAUCUGUUGAAAACUUGCGACAAUAUGCAACACCUCUGUGAUCCCUCAGCUCUGCAGAUGACUUUAAAGGAUGUUUGCAGUCGUCUAAGUCAGCAAGGUGUCUACUUGAGCUCUGCUCUCAUGUCUGCUGUGGCUGGAGACAAGCCUCUGUCACACAAAGACUCUCAAUAAGCAAAAACUGCUCUU